GGGUGCGGCAGUUUGGCCCAAACCUCCGCGCUGUGUAUUUACGGUUCAAUUCUGGCAGAGAAGUCAGGCGGGAAGUGGGCAGCGCGUGACUCAGCUAGUGUUCUCUACUCCUCUACAACAAAACAGAAAGGGUCGCGCCACUAACCUCACGGCCCACGUCGCAGACUGCACUGUCUGGGCACCGUGCAAAACAGGCGGCAGAGAGACUGUGGCUGCGCCAGAAUCGUCCACAAUGGAAGCAGUUAAGGGCACUAAGGAGACAACGGCUGUGGGCAUCGGUGCCUUUCUCGACGCCGGGGACUGCGCCAUGGUGAUCUUGGUGGCGGGAGACACGCGGCUGGUGGUGCACAGGGCAGUCCUGGCGGACAGGAGCCCCGUGUUCGCCGCAAUGUUCAGGCAUGACACGCUGGAGGCCAGCAGUGGUGAGGUGAACAUUGAGGACGUGGGGGGGCCAGUGCUGCGCGAGCUGGUCUCGUACCUGUACACCCUGCAGGCCCCCCAGCUGCCCGGCACGGCCCAGCAGCUGCUGGCUGCAGCAGACAAGUACGGCGUGUCGAGGCUGAAGGCAGAGUGCGAGCGGCAGGUGGCCGCUCAGCUGACUGUCGAGACCGCGGCGGCCGCAGCCGUCCUCGCAGUCCGCCACUCCUGCAGUGACCUCAAGCACGCUGCACUGGCGUUCAUUAAGACCUGUCCGUUCGAGGUGAUGGCCACUCGAGGCUGGGCAGAUGCAAUGCUCAAUCAGCCUAAAGACUUGGUUCAAGUCAGUCAAUUGCUUAAUGAUCCACCACCACAAACCAGUGCACCAGCUGCUACAUCGCUGAGGCCCGCCAUCACCACUGCUACUGCUGGUGCACCUUGUCAGACUCGUGCCACAGUUGUGCUGCCCACAUAUCCUCCACCUGACGAAGCCACUGUCUCUCAGAUGCGGAGCCUCUCUACAAAGGAGAGAAACUGGAAGCUGUUCGAGGCGGCUUGGCAGGGGGCAGUGGGGGAGCUGAGGGCGCUGGUCGCCGCAGGGGCCGACGUGCUGGCAAAGGACGGGGGGUGUGGGUGGGAUGGGACCGCCCUACACUGUGCAGCACAGCACGGACAUGUGGAGGCGGCGAGGUUUCUCGUGGGUGCCGGUGCGGCAGUGGAUGCCAGGGACGUCGACCAGAGGACGCCUAUGCAUUUCGCUGCAGAGAACGGCCACGCAGCUGUGGUGGAGGUGUUGCUAGCGGCCUCCGCUGACCCCAAUGCCACGGAUCUCACUGGGUGGACACCGCUGCUCUGGGCGGCAGCGAGGGACCACGCAGAUGUGGCAGCUUUGCUGCUCGCAGCAGGGGCCGAGAGAGGGACCAGAAAUGUUGAUGGGCGCACAGCCCUAGAUUUCGCCAGUGAGAACAACAAUAGGAGGCUCAUGGCGAUGCUGUUUUGAGGCAGCCAGCCUAACAAACUCCUGUACAAUAAAACUUAAAUAACUGCCCCACAUCCAUUUUUAAUGUUUUUAAAUUAAGAAUGCAAAAAUUAAAUGCCACUGUCACUCACUAAUUUUACCCUCCUCAAGUACCAAAAUUAACACACAAAAUCCAGCAACACUGCAGCUAAAUUGCGACAACGCCAAAUAAGAGUAAAGUAAUGAAGGUAACAACAGGCAACUUUUCUCUCAAGAAGAAUGGCUCGAGUACUCUUGCAGACUAAAAUUCGCAAAUGUCAACAUAAACUGAAAAAUAGCUCAGUUAAUUUUGAAUAAACACAAUUAUUCUAAUA